AUGAGUAAUAAACAAAAAGACUAUUGGACGAGUUUUAUUUCAGGUAGCGAUUCUUAAUAUUUCAAAAAGGUGGUUGUGCUGGAGUUUGUGCUAAAACUGUCAUCUCUCCGUUCGAAAGAAUCAAAUUGCUAUAUUUGGUAUUGAUUUGAUAUCAUAUCUAUCAUAGACCAGAUCGACUCAAUUCACUUAUAAAGCAGCUAUCCAAGAUGCAAUAUACGUGUAUCAACAUCAUGGCUUGAUCAAUUUCUGGAGAGGCAACCAGGCCAACGUAUUAAGAAUAUUUCCGCAAUCAGCCAUAGUAAUUGGUUUUAACAAAUAUUAGAAUUUCUCAACCUUCGAUUACUUGAGAAGAAGAUUUGCUCCGGAUAGAGAGGAUAAGACAAUAUUGAGGAAAAUUAAAUUAUUUUUAUGCGGAUUAACUUCAGGCAUUGUCGCACAAAGUAUAGCCUACCCAUUUGAUUUCUUACGAACAAGAUUGGCUAUGCAAAAAGAUGCUUUUCUUUACAAAAACAUAUACGAUGCAGCUUUGAAGAUUUACAAAAUUGAAGGAUUCUUGUCCUUCUAUUCUGGAUUGCCUAUUGGAAUUAUAGGUGUAGGUAUCUAUCACGGGAGUGGUUUCUUCUCAUUCACAUUGAUGAAAGAAUUUCUGCUUGAAUCAUAUCCAUGGAUAGCCAAACACAAAAGCACAGAUUUCGCCAUAGGUGCAAGCGGAGCCAUUAUUGCUCAAGUUCUGGCCUAUCCCUUUGAUAUUGUCAAGAAGAGAAUGUAAGGCUAGAACGUGUUGUUCUAACAGGGAGAGAUUUAAACAAUGACGUACUUUUUAUUUUAUAAUAAUUUAAGAUCCACAUGGAUGCAGAUAAAAACAAUCUAUAGAGUCGAGGGAAUCAUCAAAGGGUUUUACAAAGGAGUAUCACUCAACUUCAUCAAAGCUCCGCUGUCAUCAGGCACAGCAUGGACAGUCAAAAACUCUUUCAACAGGCUACUUAAUAAAAAUUAUGAUUUCUGAC